AUGCCAUACGACAUCUGGUAUAGAACAACCAGUGCCCGCUACAUUGUAUCAUAUGCCCGUAUUGUGGACCCUCUUGCUGACUCGUGGGAAGUGGCUCGCAAGGCGAAGCGAUCAUCAGGCAGAUGCCUUGUCGCACCAUCAAGAACUGCCGUUAAGCGCGCCCCUGUCCAAGUUGCGAGCGAGCUAUCCCUCCUUGGUCUGCCUUCCGAGAUCAAGCGCAUGAUCUGGAGAGAGUACUUUAGACUGCUGGCUGAUCCCAACGAGGGCUGCGUGUUUGUCGAACAGCUCGGCAGGAAGUACCGUGGGUUCCCCCAGCACACCAUCUGGUACAGUCGUGAGGAAUACGGAGCACUUCCAGGUUACUUGGACCUCCUGCUUGUGUCCAGAGAGAUCUACAGAGAAGCCCGAGACGUGUUCUGGCUCACCACCUCCUUCAGCUUCUAUUCGCACAAUCAGCUCGCCGAGUUUCUCAAUCAGAGAAAGAAGAUGUUCAGCCGCCGGCCUCAUCGUUACCCCACCCAGCUCAUCCGCCAGAUACGACUCGACAUUUCCUCUGCUUAUAUGGACCACCGCCAUGGAUACCCAUCGUCCGUCCUCCAUUGUCUUUGGGAUGUUGCUCGCUUGGCCAACCCUGCUCUCAAGCUAGAGUCCCACUACGAGAAGCUCCAAACUCAUGUCGCCGGACGCCGCGUACACUAUAAUAUUGACCCUGACGACAUCAUUGCAUCACUGCCAGAGCUGAUGACCAGACUCCGCGCGUACCAAGCAGAAAUGAAAGCUGCCGGCCUCGACCUGCGUGUCUCAGAGAAGCAAAUGGAGACCUGGCUCGUUGCCGAUGAUGUAUUCACCACUAAGCUCCCUCCCAUCCCACAGAAAGUGGCUGCAAAGAAACGCAACACACCUGCAAGCAAGCGCUGGACUCGCAGGAAGAAGCCAACCUUGAAGUGA